GUGUUUGUUGUUGCAUCCGUAAUUUAUCGUUGGCGAAAACAAAAACAGCAUCUCGGGUUAUUGGACAAAAGGACAACAGUAUUGAAAAAAGAAGAGUGCAUUUGAAAGGAUACCAUGUCUAGCACCGAAAUUUUGCCCAGUGUAGUGGUGGGGUUUGGGAAAAAUUACUAUCGGAAUUUCGGCCCUGCACAGCAGUCGAAGCUCCGUCAUAUUGGCACUCUAGAGAAUGAGAGCUAUGACAUCGAUUCGCCUCUGCCGACGACAGUUUCUUCGUAUCAAUUCACGCAAGAGAARAAAGAAAACGAAAAAGAAGACAACGAUGAACAGCCUCCUCCCCCUCCAUGGGAACAAGAAAACGACCCGCUGGUCGACGUCCAGUGCACCAGUGCGAGCAGCUACUUUUUAACCCAGGCCGGGAAAAUUUACAACUGCGGUACGGUCCACGGCCAUGUAAGACCAUCCCUGACCCAAAUGGUCAUUCAAUUACCGUUAAAGUGUGUCCAGUUGGCAACUGGUAGGCAUUUUUGUAUCGCUCGGAUGGAAGGAGGUCUGGCGGUGUGUGCAUGGGGAGCGGGGCAUUUUGGUCAGCUCGGACUCGGGGUAGGCUUCGACGAACAAAACGGGGAAGACACCACCAGGAGCUCGCGUUCCUCUCCGCCUUCCUUCGUCAGCCGCCCUGCGCUCGUGGAAGCUCUUUUGCCCCACAUGGUGGGUUCUCCCGUCAGCAGURUCGCUGCGGGGUACUGGCAUUCCAUGGCUCUGACCAAAGACGGGAGCGUUUUUGCAUGGGGGUGCAAUCGAAACGCGCAGUGCGGCAAGAGACCAUCGAGCAAGGAACAGCCCACCAUCUGCCAGCCGCAGCGCGUGUCCUUUGAGGACGCGAACACCGGCAGCAAAAAAUCCAAGAUCAGGAAAAUCGCGGCUGGCCGCUCGCACUCGGUGGCACUCGACGAAGGUGGACACAUCUAUGCCUGGGGUGCAAACCAGUACGGCCAGUGCGGUAUGCUGACACGGCGCCGAGUGAUAGGAGUGUCCUCGCCGAAACAAGUCGAUGCCCUAACAAAAGUACGGAUUGUCGAUGUAUCGGCGGGAGAUAUGCACACGCUGGCUCUGACUGGUGGUGGCAGAGUAUUUGGAUGGGGAGGAGGAUUCGAAGGUCAACUAGGCACGGGCUAUAUCUACCAGAUGAAUCCAAAACCGAAACUGGUCCACGAUYUGGAUUUUGUAGCAAUAGACGCGGGACAGGAGUGGAAGACAUUGCAGAAACUCAGGCCGAUACCGCAAGUAAUCGAUGCAUCUACCCGUUCACUAGAYCUAGAMAAUACACCGCGAAUUAUAUCGGUCACGGCGAAAGGCAACUCCUCGUUUGCCAUCAGCUCCACGGGUCACCUKUACGCAUGGGGCUGCAACGAUGUCGGCCAUCUCGGUUUGCCAAAACCGGAUCCGUCGGAAUUGACUUACUCGGAUCCGGGAGAUGUGAACGUGAAGUUGUCKACCAUUCAGCGACAAUUCCAUACCUUCUCUUUUGAUUCCUCGCACAACGUUGCUCUCCCGCAAAGGCUUGAUUCGUUACGGCACUUGCACAUAAAAUCGGUGGGAGCGUCUUCCACGUUCAUGUGGUGCCUUGGAACGAAGCGCAAGGACGACAAAGCCGUGGUUGGGCGGACGCUGUACGAAAUCCAAGAAGAGAAACGAAAAACACCAGCACGAGAGCAGGACGAGCAAUUGCUCAGAACCAUGGACAACGGUACAUUUGGAAUCAAACCAAUGCGUUUGUCGUCUUUGGUAGAGACAGAUGCAAASGGGAAAACGGACCAGAMAGAAGAUCAAGCCGUGACGGAGAGGACGAGACCAGAAAAACAAGCGGCGCCCAAGCCAUCGACAGAAAUAGACGAGACAAACGGAAACGCAUGCGACGACAAACCAACCAAUAGUGUUCGUGCCAAAGAGGAAGGGAAAUCCAAGACGGUACCCGCAACGGUGCUGGAAGAUAGCCAAGUGCCUUCGUCUUCRUCGGUCUCUGAAAAGAAGAAACGCGGUUUGUUCUCACCGAAAAAGAUUGUGAAAGCCUUCGUUCGACGGGCUAGCAAUUCGAAUUCGUUUCGAGGAGAUCGGACGUCGAUGUCAACCACCGAUCCGGAUGCUUCGCAGAAAAGUCAUAAAUAGAGACGGGYAGAGCAGUGUACCCUGCUGCACCUAUAAUAACGAUGUACAAUAGCU